CUCCCUUACUAUCCUCUAUUAGAACAUUAGGGACCUGGCCAGGAGGAGACACACGGCUCUGGCAGCUCCCACACUGCACAGCUCCACCGGGACAACGCUGGGGACUGUCAGCUCUGAGUGGUCACCUGUGCCUGGAGUCUGGACCGAGCUCACCGGAGGACCGAGCCUGAAACUGACGGAUCAGAUGGGGUCCGAUGUGCGGGAUAUGAACACCCUCCUACCCCCAGUCUCCUCCCUGACCGGGAACAGCAGCUGCAACAUGCCGGUCAACAGCAGCGCCCAGUGGGCCCCGGUACUGGACUUUCCCCCGGGCGCCCCUUACACCUCCCUCGCCCCCCACUCCUUCAUCAAGCAGGAGCCCGCCUGGAACCCGGACCUGCAUGAGGACCAAUGCCUGAGCGCCUUCACCGUCCACUUCUCCGGACAGUUCACCGGAACCGCGGGGGCAUGCAGGUACGGAGCCUUCGGGGCGCCACCCCCCAGCCAAGCCUCCGCGGGGCAACCUCGGAUGUUCCCCAAUAGCCCUUACCUGUCCAACUGCCUGGAGAACCAGCAGGGCAUCAGAAACCAAGGAUACAGCGCAGUGGCUUUUGAUGGAACGCCAAGUUAUGGUCAUACUCCAUCUCACCAUACGGCACAGUUCCCCAACCACUCCUUCAAACAUGAAGAUCCCAUCACCCAGCAAUCCUCUCUCGGAGACCAGCAGUAUUCUGUACCUCCACCAGUCUACGGCUGUCACACCCCUACUGACAGCUGUACCGGCAGCCAAGCCCUCCUACUGAGAUCUCCAUAUAACAGUGAUAAUCUGUACCAGAUGACCUCCCAGCUAGAAUGCAUGACAUGGAACCAGAUGAAUUUGAAUUCUUCACUGAAAGGUCACGGGACGACCUAUGAAAAUGACAGUCACAGCACACCCAUGUUGUACAGCUGCGGGGGUCAGUACCGGAUACACACUCAUGGUGUGUUCAGAGGAUUACAAGACGUUAGACGUGUCCCUGGUGUGACCCCAGCUAUAGUCAGAUCAACAGAAACCAAUGAAAAGCGACCUUUUAUGUGUGCAUAUCCAGGAUGCAACAAAAGAUACUUCAAACUGUCCCAUCUCCAGAUGCAUAGUAGAAAGCACACAGGUGAGAAACCUUACCAAUGUGAUUUUAAAGACUGUGAGAGGAGGUUUUCUCGCUCGGACCAACUUAAGAGGCAUCAAAGACGACACACAGGUGUGAAACCUUUCCAGUGUAAAACUUGCCAGAGAAAGUUCUCACGGUCCGACCACCUAAAGACACAUACCAGGACUCAUACAGGUAAAACAAGUGAAAAGCCUUUCAGUUGUAGAUGGCCCAGCUGUCAGAAGAAGUUUGCCAGGUCAGAUGAGUUGGUCCGCCAUCACAAUAUGCACCAGAGAAAUAUGACCAAGCUACAACUGGCUCUUUAGGUGGUGGGGCCAAAGACCCCAGUGGACUUAAACCUCUACAACAUUAUAUAUAAAGCUUCCAAAACAACCAACUGGAGGGCUCCUGGCAUGUUACAGGAGAAGUGGGAUUCUGUACAGCCAUUGUACGAGAGACAGUUUGCAAAGAAAGUUCUGCUAAUUGGCGGGACAAAUUGUCUAGUGAAUGGCUAUGUUUGGCCUUGUUAUCUCUGUGCUGUUUGUUAAUUAUUUAACCAGUGAGGAUGUGGUGCUGUAUGCAGCAUGAAAAACAAAUGUGUAUUGGUUAUCUCAUGUCAUGGUGUGAUAUCAAAGCCACCACUUUUUCCAGGUGAAUUACUAAACAUUGAGUCUGUUCAUAGUUUCAAUUGCACAGGCUUCACCUAACACAAUGGUGAAAAUAAAGGGAAAUAUAUUAUAGCACCUUGAACUAUACAAACAUGUAAACAAUUCUGGAGAAUGUCUUAAUAUGCAAUUUCAGUGGGCACCAAAAAUCUCAGAUCUUUUUAAUAGGCAGUAAAUUUGGUUCCAUUCAUCUGCAUCAUGUAAAAACCAUGCCAUUAACGUUACAAGACUAUUGUUAUUAUGGGCUUCCAGAUAUUGGAGCACUUUUCUUUGUUGCAUUGGCACAAAUUUAUCAGAACAUAAAACUGUACAUGUUCAAAGCCGAUCGGGAACUAUCUGUGUUAUCACAUGAGUAUAAUAGCACAUACAAUGCUUUCUUAUGGCAGUAGUCAUCUCCAAAAACUGCAAAAACUUAACUCAUGAUUCAUGUUAACUUUUAACAUCAUUUUAGCCCCUAAUUCACCCCCACCUUUCAAUCUACCCCAGUCCUUUAUUUACUUCUUAACCCUUGCACCAAUGCUCAGCCUAACCCCAAAUGUAAAGCCUAUGACUCUAUCAAACCCACAAUCUAACACUAGUCUUUAAGGACCAAAGCAGAGUGAUACAACAGCUACAAUCUUAGGGCCAGAUUCUAUGUUCAUUCCAUCCCAAAGGGUCAUUACAGGAGAUGGAUAAUACUGCCGGAGACCUGUGGGUAUGUGAGAAGUAGAUGUGUCCUUCACAAUGCUAGCGUCCCUCCAACAAUAAGCAAUAAUAAUUCUGCCUGGAGUCCAUACAUUGAUAUGUUUAAAAUGUAUGUAUAGCCCAAUUUGUUUCAGUUUUGUAUACAGUAGGAAAAGAUUGGAACCCCUGUCAAGUUUUUAUUGCUGUCUGUGUCCUUGCUGGGGGGAUUCACUCUUUCUAUUUGUCAGGGAGACAAAUAGUGGAAGAAUGUGAUGUGAAAUCCAACAUUUUAUAGUUGUCACUGGACAGGAAUAGAGAGACAUCUUUGACACCUCUCUAAAAUGAAAUUUCCCCUUAAUUUGAAGCCAAUUCCUGGUUGUGUUACCAGAACAGAAAAUGAGGACAAAUCUCUCCAAAGACACACAAAUAAGACAGGGGUUAUAUUACUUCCAUAAUCAAUCCAAAACUAUAAAAAAAACAAUUUAAACUGUGGUGUAUAAAUGGUUCUAAUUUUCAAUUCCUGAUCAGUUUCAAUAUAACUUAAAGUUAAUUGAAGUUUUAAUUUGCUUAAGUUAUCCAAUACAUCUAAUUUCAGUGAAGAUGUUCAAAGUGCAGUUACCCAAGUUAACUAGGUUCAGUUAAAUCAGAAAAUGAUGACUUCUUACUGAAUGCGAUAGAUUACUAUACAUGCCAUUUCUAUUAUUUGUGCUUCUUUAAUUGAAUAUAUGUUUAAAUAUUUUGGUUUUCAAGUGAAAUUGAGAGAACGCUCUAAGUGUUUAAUGUAUAUGCAUACACAACUUUAGAAUGGAAAAAUCGUAGUUAUUUCAUCCGAUGAUGGGAACAUUUCUUUAUUUUUUUUUUCAA